AUGUCUUGUCCUGUACACAAGUACAUCAAGAUUACACUGGGCCCUGGUUUUGUCAUACAGGAUGUUACCACGCACAACGAGACACGCAAUCUCGUCAUCGACAACCUUCCUAGCGGGACAAAAAAGGACGCCCUCGUUCGCCUCCUCGAGAGUUUUGGGGGGACUGUCGUAGCUGUGCAGAUGAGCUCUGGCGGCGCUUACGAGGGUGGAAAGCCAUUCUUUGCGCGUGUUCAGAUGAAAUCGCAUCGCGAGGCAAUUGCCGUAGCCAACGGGCUGAAUGGCAUGAAGGCAUUGCGGUGCAAUGGAGAACUAUUCGUGCGCCCCGAACUACCUCGAGCGGCGAUUCGGUCCCAAGUUUCGGACUCGAGCAUUCGCGUCUCUUGGACGCUACCUACAACUAGUCUCUAUCUCGGUUUCGACACUCUCGAAGGCGCCCAGAUGGCCGUCCGAACUGCCGAUGGAUAUGACUGGAAUGGGUACUGGGUUACCGCGUCAAUCUACAGUGGGAUUCCGGUUGUCAAAGAGUACGACGUACGGCUCAGCGGUCUUCCGCCGAACGUGGACCACGAGCUCGUGUGCAAACGCUUUGGCGUUCAUCGUACAGAUAUCAUGCGCGACAAACCCUCUCGAUUCCUCCGCGGAUUUGGCAUCCCGCAGGCAAAAAAUCGCCUUGAAGGCUUUGGUCGCAUCGUCGGAUUUGACGUCUCACCAGCUCCAUAUAAAGAUGGUGUCGUUCGCGCAUGGUGUCACUUUGAGACGCCUGAUAUAGCCCUCGCCGCCCGCGAGCUGGACGGCAUCGAACAGCGGUGCUUGAAUGACGAAAAGAUUGCAAUUUCUCGCGUUUAUUCCUUGGAGUACCCAAUCCGCCGCACCGUCCAUCGCCACAUUGGCGACGCAAUAUCCAACCUUCGCGAGGUGGUACACAGAUUUCUCCCAGGCUGCCUCCUCCGUAUCCCCGAUCACAACAAACGGCAGGACACGAUCACCUUCGAAAUCAAUGCGGAGGAUAGCAAGAGCUUGCUGGAUAUCAGAGCUCGGCUCGCCGACAUUGUUCAAGGCGAACUCGUCAUGGACGGCAAUGGACCACUCUGGGACCGGAUACUCUCGACGCCCUUUGGCGCGGACCGGAUGAACUCGAUUCGAAGCUCCAAUCGCGAAGUUCUAAUUGUGGUUCGUAAGCUUCAGUCCUUCAUACGUGUCAUUGGUCCACCCGAGAAGCGUGCCAGCGCCAUCGCAGCUAUACGUCAGCUCGUGGCUACCUUCCAAAGGCAGCCUGUCCAUACUGUCACCCUUCCCGCCUCACGGCCCGGCCUCUUCAUGCAUCCCUCCCUGAUACGCUUACGGGAAAAGCACGGAACCGACAAGCUCUGGCUCGAUAUCCGAAAUCGGCGACUAUGCAUUCGAGGUGAUGAAGCGAUGUACGCUGAAGUACAAACGGCCGUGUACACCGCCAACAAAGAGGUUCACUCACACGACCAUUCGCGCACGCUCUGCCCAGUGUGCUUCGAUGAACCCACACCUUCUGUCGUGCUGUCGUGCGGAGACGUGUAUUGCAAGGAGUGUCUGGCAGGUUAUCUUGCUGCAGGUGCUGAGACGCGUCACUUCCCGCUACGCUGCUUUGGUGACGACGGAAAGUGCCAGAAGCCUAUUCCGCUCCACGUCGCACAGGACGUGUUACAGGAUGAGCAAUGGGAUCUGCUCGUAGCCGCCGCUUUCAACACCCAUGUCGUGGCAAAACCGGAUGAGUUCAGGUUCUGCCCUACUCCGGACUGCCAGCAGGUUUAUCGGCCUGGUGCCAAGGACACUGUCUACAGCUGUCCGGAGUGCUUGCUGAGCAUCUGCCCGUACUGCGAGGUCGAAUAUCACGAAGGAAGUACGUGUGAUGACCAGUCUUACAGGAUCAACGGCGCCUUUGACGAAGCGAGUGUCGGGCUGCAACCAUAUGACCUGCUCGCGCUGUCAGACGCAUACGUGCUGGGAGUGUAUGGAGACUUUUGA